UUUCGAUUGGAUCUUCAACCGUUGCUCAUGGAGCGGAAGGAAGUCGCUUGCAAGCGCGGUGAGGAAAAGCUGAGCUACAAGCAUGCGAAAGAGUGCGACGACCUCGACGCGGCCGAGACCAAGUCGUGCCCGAGCGACGACGACGCGCAAGAGAAAUGGGACCUCGAGGUCGAGAAGGAGUGGGUCGCCAAGCUGCAGGACCCGAACGUCGGCAAGAUCCAAAAGGCCAUGCACCCGCGCGGCCGCAAGAUCAGCGACGGCUUACGCAUCAACUUUAUGAACAUGCGCUGCGGCGAGACAGGCCGCGUUCUCUGGCUGCAAGAGCGGUUUACCAAGGAGAUGUACGAAAAGGAGCAGCGAGCGGUCGUGCCCAAGGCCAUUCUGCAGUGUCUUGCGGUCUCGCGCGAAAUCAACUUUUCGUCAACUGAAGAGAUCCACAACUUUCGCCUUGAACAGCGCGUCUACUUGCACGGCAAGUGCUUGGAAGAGUGGCUGUUUGCCUUUGGCUACGUGAUUCCCGGCUCGACCAACUCGUGGCAGCAGACGAUCGAGUCGGCCGGCGCCGACAACAUGCUGCCUGCCGACCUCAUCAGCGGCAAAAUCACGAUCGAAACCGGCUUUUACGACGCCGAGAUGCUCAUCGCCAAGACGGUCUUUCGCAUAUUUUACGAAUAGCCGCUCCGAAUAUAUACGAAUACGACACCACGUUGGAUGCGUUCA